UCGGUCUUCCGGGUGUUUCCGACAGGGCUUUCUACGCCGCUUUUUUCCGGCUACAUUUUGGUCUUCCGUCUCUUGCCACCUCCCUCGAGUUCCCUCACCCUUGCUGCCCCUGCCUUUUCUUGUGUCGUACCUCCCCGGCCGCCGAGCCCGGGAAUUAGAUCGCAAUCCGGAGCCGGAGCCGGGCCUACCCAUUCCGCGCGGGCACUACCACCUUUGGCUCUGGAGAAAGCUAGGACCGAGCGCGCCGGGCCGUCCCUGCUCCGGCUCUGGAGCUCCUGGGCUGGCGGUGCCGGUAGAUUCUCCUGCUUAGCCUUCCCCGAGGACACUUGUGAGUUAGGGGGUUUCGGAGAGGAAAGCAAUGGUGUAGGCCCGGGUGGGGGGCGGGGCGCCGGGAACUUUUUCGGAAACUGUAGUGUUUUGCGUGGGAGGUUCCGGCAUAAUCUCUCUGAUAUCCCAGACGUAUGGGCGGCCCCCAGGCUGCGGUACUUUCUGAAGAAUCUUAGGAACUCUUAAACGUUUCCCAUUCGUUUGUCUUUCUCGCGCCCCGUCCUCAGUCUAGGACCAAACAAGGAAGACUGUCUUGGGACACUGCAUGGGGUUUCAAAGGGUGGUGAAGAACUAAGAUGGUCAUGCAGAAUACUUGUGUUGGAGAGCAUUGAAUGUCAUUGAUUACAUUCCCUAGGAAUGAUCCUCCCCACUUUGAAGGCUGGCCUGGUUAAGAACCAGACUUGAGGGCCAAAAAUUCAUCCUGAGGAGAACCCGACAGAUAACUUUGUUUUGGAGGCGCUGGAAAACCUUUGAUGCUUAUCUGGUAGAAGAAUACAUGUUUACUCUUAGUGAACAAGAGCAUGUUCCCAAACUCAAUUUUGGGUCGCCCGCCUUUCACUCCAAACCAUCAACAACAUAAUAACUUCUUCACCCUGUCACCAAGUCUUUAUUCGCACCAGCAGCUUAUAGAUGCACAGUUCAACUUUCAGAAUACAGACUUGUCUAGAGCUGUAUCAUUACAGCAGUUGACAUAUGGAAAUGUCAGUCCAGUACAGACCUCAACUUCCCCAUUAUUUCGAGGAAGGAAGAGAUUAAACGAUGAAAAGAAUCUUCCUCUUGAUGGUAAACGACAACGUUUCCAUUCACCUCACCAAGAGCCAACUAUAGUUAACCACAUAGUGCCUUUAUCAGGUGAAAGAAGAUACUCAAUGCCACCAUUAUUUCAUACACACUAUGUACCAGAUAUAGUCAGAGGUGUUCCGCCUUUUCGAGAAAUACCAUUUUUAGAACCUAGAGAAAUCACACUGCCUGAGGCCAAAGAUAAGUUGAGUCAGCAGAUACUGGAGUUAUUUGAAGCAUGUCAGCAGCAAGUAAGUGAUUUAAAGAAGAAAGAACUCUGUCGAACAGAGCUGCAGAGAGAAAUUCAGCUGAUUUUUCCACAAAGCAGACUUUUUUUAGUUGGGUCCUCUUUAAAUGGAUUUGGUACUCGGAGCAGUGAUGGUGAUUUAUGUCUAGUUGUUAAAGAGGAACCAUGUUUUUUUCAGGUAAAUCAGAAGACUGAAGCACGGCAUAUCCUCACCUUAGUCCAUAAACACUUCUGUACUAGACUUUCUGGUUACAUUGAGAGACCUCAGCUGAUUCGAGCAAAAGUGCCAAUUGUGAAGUUCAGGGAUAAAGUCAGUUGUGUGGAGUUCGACUUGAAUGUAAACAAUAUUGUUGGAAUAAGAAACACAUUCCUUCUCAGAACGUAUGCAUACCUUGAAAAUCGAGUUCGUCCGUUAGUACUGGUGAUUAAGAAGUGGGCGAGUCACCAUGAGAUAAAUGAUGCCAGUCGUGGUACUUUAAGCAGCUAUAGUCUUGUAUUGAUGGUUUUGCACUAUUUACAAACCCUACCUGAACCCAUCCUUCCAUCCAUCCAAAAAAUUUACCCAGAAUCUUUUAGUCCUGCUCUACAGCUGCACCUUGUACAUCAAGCUCCGUGUAAUGUUCCUCCUUACCUCUCAAAGAAUGAAUCAAAUCUUGGGGACCUCUUACUGGGCUUUCUUAAAUAUUAUGCUACAGAAUUUGACUGGAACAGUCAAAUGAUUUCAGUUCGUGAAGCCAAAGCCAUUCCCAGGCCUGAUGGUAUUGAGUGGAGAAAUAAAUACAUCUGUGUAGAAGAACCUUUUGAUGGAACAAAUACAGCCAGAGCUGUGCAUGAAAAGCAGAAGUUUGACAUGAUCAAGGAUCAAUUUUUAAAGUCAUGGCACAGAUUGAAAAACAAACGAGAUUUGAACAGUAUACUACCGUUAAGAACUGCUGUCCUGAAAAGAUAACUGGCCUCUAUUUCUUAAUAAAGAACAGUAGUAACAUCAUAAUGCAUUUUGUUUACCUUCAUCAUGGUUUCUUUUUAAUUGUUCUUCUUGUUUUCAUGUUUUAUUCUUAAGAGGACAUACUUAUAUAUGCAUAUUUUAUUAUGACAUUUCCUAAUAAAACCCUUUGAUUUAAAGAUGUAUUUUUGAAAAUGUUUACAUUGAUAAUUAGUAAUAUUAUGGCAUGAAUUUUCAGGAGAUCAAAUAAAAUAUUUUUUUGAGAAU